UAAUUUUUAAAAGCAUAAUUUAUAAAUAAACACUACUUGUCUGCAUCUUAAGACACAACACUUGCACUGAUAUAUUUUAAGAUAUGAGCAAGUUUUGUCAAUUAAGUUCAAGACUAUGAAUAGCUGUCACUGCUACCCUUUCAAAAAAGUACACCUUUGUAUCUAAAAAGGUCAUAGCAGCACCUCAGAGGUACAUACUGGUACCAAGAAAUGCGUGUUAGUACCUUAACGGUACAUAUUGGUACCAAAUGUAUAAAACAUGGGUUUCUGGUACAUAUAGGACAUUUUUUUGCGGUUUGCUCCAAUGACAGCUAUAGGGUCCAUUUUUUGACAGUGUACACCUGUAAUCCAAAAAAGCAGCUAUGCACUUCUUUUCAGGCUUUGUUAGGCAUGUCACGAUAUCCCAAAAUAUUUCCAUAAAAAUAUCUCCCAUUAUUAAAUCACUCAUAUUAUGGAAAUUCGUCGAAAUGCACACAUAUCACCUCCUUUCCGUGCAUGUAUUGUUCAAAUGUUGAUUUUUCCAUCCAAGUAAAACCACAAGAAGCCCAUCGGUUCUUUUAGAUGUACACAACAAUAAAGGCUUAAGGGAGGUUGCCAUGGAUAAUGUUUUAGUUCAGUGCCAAUGAAUGCAGGGAUUAAAGAGCAGUGUUUAACAUUAUUAAGAUUUCUUUUCUUCUUCAUUGCUCAUGUCAGGUGUUUGUUUGUGAGGCUUUGCAGAAACAAUCAUACUGCUUUUGUUUGCUGGCUUAGGGGUGUGAAAAUAUAUCUGAUACCUGAUAUCAGUGAUGCGUGUCAAGCAAUUGUAAAUCAGACUGGAAACAAUAUGGAGUAGGUGUGCCCCAAAAAGCCCUUAAGAUAAAUCAAUUGUAUUUUCUUCUUGAUUUGCAUAUUAUAAUACUAAAGCAAACAAAAACGGGUAUGGAUCACUUCUUUAGAUCACAUUGUUUUUGCAGAUGUUCAUCAAAGUGUGACUUCCAAUAAAUUUCAAAUAAAAAAUAAUCAUCUUGGUCUUUUUGGAGAGCGAGAUGUUAAGAACUCUAAAAAUACUGGGUUGUUUCAAUCCAUGGAUAAUAUGAACAAACCCCAUCAUUUGUUUAUAUUAACCUAUAAAAUGUCCACAUUUGACCCAAUCAUGGGUUGAAACAAGCCAGCAGCUGGCUUUAGGCCACCCUGUCCAUUAUCAAGAACUGUAUAUCUCAUAUCAUUUCAUAUUAGAAUAUUAUAAUAUCAAUUAAUUCGUACAUGUAACUGGAGACCAACUUGGGUCAGUGGCUUCAGGCAUCAUUGUCACUAUCUGUAUUUUCCCUUUUUUAAAUAAAAUAGGUGCACUGGUAGUCUCUAUUGCACCAGUGGCGCAAUAAAACAAUGAGUAACCAUUAACAAGCUAUUUUUAGCCUUUAUCUAAAUGAAAUACCGAUGACACUCACAUUCAAUAAAUCUUUGGGAGCAUAAUAGCCCUUGGCUGAGAUAAUGACAGGUUAGCUCAACAUGACAAUCUGUUUUAUCCUAACCCACUAACUGACGCACAGUGGUGCCUGGCAGGACGCAUUAAAUUUCAGCGCAUUUCCCUGCACCCAAAUAAUUCAAACCUUUGCACGACAUUAUUUUUCUAUAGCACGCGAAAUUAUGGCGUCAUUAUCUUCUCACGUUUAAGUGUUUGGCGUCACGCGACCAUAUAAAUUAAGCCAUUAUGCGCAUGCACCGUUAAACAGGACCUGUGCUCUUAAGUGGACAGACUAUUACCGGAAUAUUGAUCAAGAGAGAGGAGAGCUUAUGGGCGUUAUGUGCGUCGUAUGGAGAUACAGAUUAGCAGUAUCAAUAAUUCUGGUUUUGGUGCUUUGUGAUGUGCAUGCGUCAGAUGAUGCAGAAACAGGUGGAAAAGUUUAUCCACGUAGAAACCACUGGGCUGUAGGUCACUUAAUGGGCAAGAAAAGCACAGAUGAGCAAGCCAGACUCGAGGAUCCAGGCGGCGAUGAUGAGAGCGUUUUAGCGAGCACUGGUCAGUACGAUAUGCAACCUGCCUUUGUGCGCGCCCUGGAGGCGCUCUUUAGGGAGAAAGCAGAACAGAGGAGCGCGCAAAGAAGCGCGCGGGUGAGCGCGCAGAAGGAUAAUGCUGUGCACCUGCUGAAUCGGCUGCUGUCAACGCCGCGUCAGUUGGUGGAAGGUCGCGAGAGAGACAGUCGACGUGAACAGGUGGAGCAGUUGUUGUCUCAAGCUUUAGAUAUGAAAGAUGAAUCAAGCUAAGGACAAACAUCUACAAAAAUGCCUCUAAGACUCUGAAGUUCUUCAAAAUGACAUCUGAUACAAAUCUAAUUAUUCAAGACACUAUAUAAUUAUGCAUGUUAUAUUUUUCUAUGUAAAUCUAUAUGAAAUUAUAAACUCAGUGCCAUUAUUCUGUAAUAUUUAAUGCUAUUGUUUUAUAUAAAUAAAGUUAUCUUCUUGAUCCCAGUUUAGUAAAAAACUGUUUAAUAAACUUUGAUUGUUGGGCUAUUUGCAUUGAAAGUACUGAGGCGAUAUUAAAAACAAAACACAGUGACAAUUCCUAAUGUGUGUACAGUCUAUGCAUAAACUGAAACUAAAGAUCAGUCAAUGUACAAGUACACAGUUAUGUGUCAAAUGAAUAAAAAAAUAUUUUUAUUUUUAUUACUGGUUAUGAUUGAUUUUUCAGGUUGACUGACCAUAUUAGUCAAGCAAUCAUUUAAAAGACGCGGGCAGGUGACAGAUGAGCACUUCAGCACACACUAAUGGCCAUCUGAAUGACUAAAUCACAACCCUUUGUAUUGUCUGUGACAACUGACAGGAAACUGUUGAUGGUCUCUGCUCUCUGCUGUCCAUUCACAAUAAUGGGUCCAAUCAUAGGCCCUGAUGUUUCGAACAAUGAAAAAUGUCAAUUGAAGCCACUUUCAUUUGGUUAAGCUCAUCUGUUUAAACACAGCCUGAGUGAUUGUUUCCUUUCUGAUGUUUGCUUUUGUCAUUUGUCACAUAUGAAUAAAUAAAACAAUUGAACUCAGUG